CGCGGCUAAGUGGAAGCAAAAGAUCGCGCAACGCACGCCGCAGCAGCCGCGAGCUCCACCGCCUUUGCCCCCCCUUAUCAAAAAAAGGAAACCUCGUCUCGCAUUACGCACUUUACGCGUGCUUCUCAGAAGCGUCAGCUCAACGUUUUAGGUGGUACCACUAGUGCUGUGUCCUUCCGUGAUAUCGUCACCAUCUAUACCGUAUAGUGUCGUUUCUUUUCUGUCUUUUCACCCUCCUCUGUCAAGCCCGAGUCGAAGACGAACGUCGGAUCUGCAGACUUCCUCCUAUCACUCCCACGGUGAGGCGUUCAGCUUUUUCCUUCAACGUACGGUCUCAUUGAAAGUACACCUCAGGGUGGAUGGUCCCUGUGAGCUGAAGUUUCGCAUUUUUACGAGACGCGAGGCUUUGACAUUGACAGUUAUCGACACAGCCAAUCGACGAAGGUGAGCUAAGGCUCGCGGCGUCAAGCAAGCGGUUACAACUUGAACUGCUCGAAGAACAAACGAACAUAGUUUCAACGAUGAGAGGGUCUCCCUCCACGUAGACAGACGAGACAAAAAAGGCUUGAGUCGAGGUAGCAGACGACAAAUUGUACAGCGAAGCGGCCAGACGACCGAACGAAAAGAAGCCGACGACUGCGUUCAGUAGGACGGUAGAAAAGAACUUUGAAACGGCGUUUGGUACAACACCGUGAAAAAUAAGGAAUAAGAAGGGUGAUGCGUCGUUGAGAUCAUCCAACGCUGAGUAAGUAAAGGAGAGGGGAAGUAAAAGAGGGAAGAAAAGGGGUGCACGAGACGUGGGCCUUCGUCCGCGGGAACCACGGCGUCCUUUCAGGAUCCUCCCGAUGAGAAAGUGACGUUUCCGUACAAGUGCGUCCUCCAUGGGCCCCGUCGGAAGAGUUCGGUGAUCGAAGACCUGUCGGGGGGCGGGGGAGAGCGUCCCGAGCAGCACCUGCCCGGGAUGCGUGAGAACAAGCUUGUGGUCAUAGGCGCCGGCGGCGUGGGCAAGACCUCGCUCAUCGUACAGUUCAUGGAAGGAUUGUUCGACGGUGCCUACAAGCCCACGGUGGAAGACUGCUACCGCAGCUCCAUACAGACGCCAGACGGAAUCUACCACACGGUGGACAUCCUGGACACGGCGGGAUCGCACCACUUCCCAGCCAUGCGGGAACUGAGCAUCCGCUCGGGUCGGGGAUUCGUGCUCGUCUUCUCCGUCGACAGCCUACAAUCUUUCCACGAGGCCGCCCAGCUCUGGCAUCUCAUCGCAAAGAUCAGGGGCGAACGCGUGCCCAUCGUGCUGGUGGGCAACAAGUCGGACCUGAUCUCCAACCGCCAGGUGUCGCAGGACAUGGCCAUGAAGCUGGCCCAGGAGAGCAUGCACAACUGCCGCUACCUCGAGACGAGCGCAAAGUACAACGUCAACGUGGCCGCGCUGUUCGUCGAGCUGCUCCAACAGGCGUGCGCCAUGGAGCGGCAGCAGCCCCAGGGCGCCGUCUCCUCGUCGACUCCCGGCGGCGGCGCUGGUAGCGGUCGCUCGUUGUCCAUGCAGGACCGACCGCCGGACUCGCCGCUGCUUCAACCAAACAAGUCCACGUCGCGUCGGCUCUCCCACCGGCUCAGCUCACUUGGUAGCCUGCCAAGCAUGCGUCGCAAGUCCAGCGCCGCGUCCACGACGGGGGGCUGCGGUACGGGCACGUGUCCCUCGCCUUCGACCCCGCGGAGUCGCAAGGCGUCCAGACAAGUCGAAUCGUCGUCAUCGUCGUCGGCGGCCAACCUCGACGGCGCAGCGGACCCGGACCAGAAGUGCCACAUCUUAUGAACCGCUCUUCUAUAUACCCAUGCCCGUCAUGUUGGGUGUACAGUGAGGUCGCAAGGGUUCACGGGACACGAGAAUCCGCAUUUUUCCUCUUCCUGCGCUGCCCUCUGCCGUUUUGGUAGGGGCCGGGACAACCGGUAUUGCCAGAACGAAGGCCUCCGAGAUCAAGAGGUGUUUCGCGACUUUCCCGCUAGGGGAAGGGCGCAUGCGCCGUGGCACCGUGAAAAAGGCAGAUGGCGGAGAAGCUGUCCUCCCCUGCUGAAGCCCCUUUGGGCACGUAGCCUCGGAUUCAAAGUUCGAUGUGUAGAAUAGGUUAACGGUAAAUUGGGUCGAGUAUAGUUUUUGUUGAUUACUCAUACAGCGUGAAGUACUUGGACAAGAGGGAGACAAUGCAUGACCCUGUUGCUUCUGUGUCUUCUUUUAGUAUCCUUACUUUUCGCUGUAUGAGUAAUUUAUCGUAAUUUCUUUUUCUCAACCUACAAGAUGAUACGUUCAAUUAGUAGCGUCCUGUCUUGAAAGGACAAGGAAUCCGUAUUUGUCGUGAAAACCGUGUCCCGUAAACUAUU